AUGCAACUUUCCAUUCUCUGGAGGGCGCCCGAGGUGAACCCUAUCAACCGCAAGGCUCGCAGCAUCCCCGUGUUGAACAUUUUCAAUGUCUACGCACGAGCCUUUCACUUCUCGUGGCUUGGCUUCAUGAUUGCUUUUUGGGCUUGGUACGCUUUUCCGCCUCUUUUGACGGUCACGAUCAAGAAAGACCUCAAAUUGACCACGGCUCAAGUCGCAAACUCGAACAUUGUCUCUUUGGUCGCAACACUAUUCAUGCGUCUGAUUGCCGGACCCGCCUGCGAUCGCUUCGGUUCACGUAUCGUCUUCGGCUCACUGCUUCUCAUCGGCACUAUCCCCGUCGGCCUCGCACCGCUGAUCAAGAACGCCACGGGCUUGUACAUCUCCCGCUUCUUCAUCGGUAUCCUUGGUGCCACUUUCGUGCCCUGCCAGGUGUGGUGCACUGGAUUCUUCGACAAGAAUGUCGUGGGAACCGCCAAUGCCUUGGCUGGUGGCUGGGGUAACGCCGGUGGUGGAAUCACCUACUUCGUCAUGCCUGCUGUUUACGACUCUUUCGUUCACGCACGUGGUUACUCCCCUAGCGAAGCUUGGCGGCUUACCUUCAUCGUACCCGUCAUCUGCCUCUUGUGCUGCGGUCUCAGUCUCCUCCUCCUCUGCGAAGAUACACCGACGGGCAAGUGGGCAGACCGCCACCUCCAUGCUCAGGAGAACCUGCACUCUCAUGGCGUCGAUGCCGCCGUGCGAUCCGAUGUCGUUGAUGUUCCUGGCGGUAUCACUGACCGCAACACCGGCUCCAUGGCAUCCGACGAGGAGAAGAACAGCACCCACGGCAAGAACGGUGUUAUUGCCGACCACGAAGCCGCCCUCUCCCGCACCGAAAUGGUCAAGACGGCACAAGGCGAUACCGUCGUCAAACCAACCUUCAAGGAGGCUAUGCAGGUUGUCUUCUCCCCUCAAACAAUCUUCCAUGUAGCUACCUACGGCUGCUCCUUUGGCGGCGAAUUGGCGAUCAACGCUGUCCUCUCUUCCUACUAUCUGAAGAACUUCCCUUCCCUUGGACAGACUGGUGCCAGCAACUGGGCUGCCAUGUUUGGCUUCCUCAAUGUCGUUACCCGCCCCGCUGGAGGUGCAGUGUCUGAUCUCCUCUACCGAUACGGUGGACAGAAUCUCUGGCUUAAGAAGGGCUGGAUCACGACUUGCGGUCUUCUUACCGGCGCUCUCUUGAUUCUCAUCGGUCAACUCAACCCUCACAACGAAUCAACCAUGUUCGGUCUCGUCUUCCUGAUGGCUCUCUUCCACGAGGCAGGUAACGGCGCCAACUUCGGCCUGAUUCCCCAUGUCCACGGCCAUGCCAACGGUAUUGUGUCCGGUGUCACCGGCGCUGGUGGGAACUUUGGCGGCGUCAUCUUUGCCAUCAUUUUCCGCUUCAUGGACCAGGGCACAAACUACGCAAAAGGUUUUUGGGUCAUUGGCUGCAUUAACAUUGCUGUCAACCUUUUGGUUUCUUGGAUCCAUCCACUCCCCAAGGCUCAGCGCCACUAA